CAGCGAGUGAAGACGUCAGCGGAGUGGAGACGAUGACGACGAUGAGGAGGAUCCUUCGUCACUUCAACACGAUGUGAAGCGACGGGUGACCAGAACCAGAGGAGGAAACAAGACGACGCUCAGACAAAGUCAACCGAGAACCAUCCGUCCUGGACCGACGGCUCGCCGAUACCAGACCAUGGAAACAAGAUGGUGGAAACAAGAUGGUGGAAACAAGAUGGUGGAAACAAGAUGGCCACAGAAGAGACCAGAGAAGAGAAGAGACCAGAGAAGAGAAGAGAAGAGAAGAGACGAGAAGAGAAGAGACGAGAAGAGAAGAGAAGAGAAGAGAAGAGACGAGAAGAGACCAGAGAAGAGACGAGAAGAGACGAGAAGAGAAGAGAAGAGACGAGAAGAGACGAGAAGAGAAGAGAAGAGAAGAGAAGAGAAGAGACGAGAAGAGAAGAGACGAGAAGAGAAGAGAAGAGAAGAGACGAGAAGAGACGAGAAGAGAAGAGACGAGAAGAGACGAGAAGAGAAGAGAAGAGAAGAGACGAGAAGAGACCAGAGAAGAGACCAGAGAAGAGACGAGAAGAGAAGAGAAGAGACGAGAAGAGACCAGAGAAGAGACCAGAGAAGAGACGAGAAGAGAAGAGAAGAGACGAGAAGAGAAGAGAAGAGAAGAGACGAGAAGAGAAGAGACGAGAAGAGACGAGAAGAGACGAGAAGAGAAGAGACGAGAAGAGACGAGAAGAGAAGAGACGAGAAGAGACCAGAGAAGAGAAGAGACGAGAAGAGACGAGAAGAGACGAGAAGAGAAGAGAAGAGAAGAGAAGAGACGAGACGAGAAGAGAAGAGACGAGAAGAGACGAGAAGAGAAGAGAAGAGAAGAGAAGAGAAGAGACGAGAAGAGAAGAGACGAGAAGAGACCAGAGAAGAGACGAGAAGAGAAGAGAAGAGACGAGAAGAGAAGAGAAGAGAAGAGAAGAGAAGAGACGAGAAGAGAAGAGACGAGAAGAGAAGAGACGAGAAGAGACGAGAAGAGACGAGAAGAGAAGAGACGAGAAGAGACGAGAAGAGAAGAGACGAGAAGAGACCAGAGAAGAGAAGAGACGAGAAGAGACGAGAAGAGACGAGAAGAGAAGAGACGAGAAGAGACGAGAAGAGAAGAGACGAGAAGAGACGAGAAGAGAAGAGACGAGAAGAGACCAGAGAAGAGAAGAGAAGAGAAGAGACGAGAAGAGAAGAGACGAGAAGAGACCAGAGAAGAGAAGAGACGAGAAGAGACGAGAAGAGACGAGAAGAGAAGAGAAGAGAAGAGACGAGAAGAGAAGAGACGAGAAGAGACCAGAGAAGAGACGAGAAGAGAAGAGAAGAGACGAGAAGAGAAGAGAAGAGAAGAGAAGAGACGAGAAGAGAAGAGACGAGAAGAGACGAGAAGAGACGAGAAGAGAAGAGACGAGAAGAGACGAGAAGAGAAGAGACGAGAAGAGAAGAGAAGAGAAGAGAAGAGACGAGAAGAGAAGAGAAGAGACCAGAGAAGAGACGAGAAGAGAAGAGAAGAGAAGAGAAGAGAAGAGAAGAGAAGAGAAGAGAAGAGACGAGAAGAGAAGAGACGAGAAGAGAAGAGAAGAGAAGAGAAGAGACGAGAAGAGACCAGAGAAGAGAAGAGAAGAGACCAGAGAAGAGAAGAGAAGAGAAGAGAAGAGAAGAGAAGAGAAGAGAAGAGACGAGAAGAGAAGAGAAGAGAAGAGAAGAGAAGAGACGAGAAGAGAAGAGACGAGAAGAGAAGAGAAGAGAAGAGAAGAGAA